AUGCAAUCAUUAAAUUCAUUUUUAUUUGGAGAGGAAACAUGUUUCACUAUACAUGGAUAUCCACAAUGUCCAUAUUAUCAAAAAGCAGUUCAAUUAGGUAAACAUAUUGAUAGUAAUAAUAAAAAUAUAAAAGUUGAAAAUAAAGAAUGUGAUAGAGAGGAAUGGAAAGAAUAUUUAGAGAAACAAACAACAGGUUUAGGACAUAAAGCAAGAUAUCAUACUACAUGUCCAUUGGUUAUUGAGGGUUGUACUGAUGAUGCCAAAAGUUUUGUUGGUGGAUAUGCAGAAUUUUUAAAUCAUUCAAAAAAGAAUAAAUUAAUAAAACCAAAAAAUUAA